CUCAACUCUUUCACCCCCAUCUGCAAUUAUCCCUUCUCUAUUCUCUCAUCCCAAUAUCUCUACCUAUUCUCUACAUCUCAAGACACACUUUCAGCCCAAAGCCAUCCUCUUCACUGCACAAUGGCCAAGAAAAGCUUCAUUGAGCUUCGAGAAGCCGCUCUGGCCCAUCGCCCAGCCUCCCAGACCAGCCCGCUCCCCGACCAUGUCUAUCCCACGCGAGCAACCACGGUAUCACCUCCUUCCACCGCCUCCUUCGAUCCGAGUGCAUACUCCCAGCCGUAUUGUGAUUUCAUGACCGCGAACCCGACCAUCUUCCACGCCGUCGAUGCCUUCACCGCCCAGCUCGAAAGCAAAGGGUACAAGCGCCUGCACGAGCGCGAAUCCUGGACGAACAAGCUCGUGCGGGGGGGGAAAUACUACUGCACGCGGAACUCCAGCGCCUUCAUCGCCUUCUCCGUCGGCAAGGAGUACAAGAGCGGCAAUGGCGUGGCGAUCGUGGCCGGACACAUCGACGCCCUCACCGCCAAAUUGAAGCCGGUGUCGAAGCUGCCCACGAAGGCCGGGUUCGUGCAGCUCGGCGUGGCGCCGUACGCAGGGGCCCCGAAUGAGACCUGGUGGGAUCGGGACCUCUCGAUCGGCGGGCGCGUGCUCGUGCGCGACCCCAGCAGCGGAAAGAUCGAGUCCAAGCUGGUAAAGCUCGACUGGCCCAUUGCGCGCGUCCCUACCCUGGCGCCGCACUUCGGCGCCCCCAGCCAGGGCCCCUUCAACAAGGAGACCCAGAUGGUGCCCAUCAUCGGCGUCGACAACUCGGACCUCUUCUCCACGUCCGCCGACACUCCGUCCGCCUUCCAACCCGGCAGCUUCGCCGCGACGCAGCCCGAGAAACUCGUCCGGGUCAUCUCGCGCGAGCUCCAGAUCCAGGACCCCCACACGAUCGUCUCGUGGGAGCUGGAACUCUACGACAGCCAGCCGGCCCAACUGGGCGGCCUGGAGAAGGACCUGAUCUUUGCGGGCCGCAUCGACGACAAGCUCUGCUGCUACGCGGCGCAGGAGGCGCUCCUGGCCUCGCCGGACUCCACCUCGCCGGCCUCGAUCAAGAUGGUCGGCAUGUUCGACGACGAGGAGAUCGGCAGCCUGCUGCGCCAGGGCGCGCGCUCCAACUUCAUGUCCAGCAUCAUCGAGCGCAUCGCCGAGGCCUUCGCCGACCCCGCCGCCUACGGGCCCAACCUCCUCUCGCAGACCGUCGCCAACAGCUUCCUCGUCUCCUCGGACGUCAUCCACGCCGUCAACCCCAACUUCCUGAACGUCUACCUCGAGAACCACGCCCCGCGCCUCAACGUCGGCGUCGCCGUCUCCGCCGACUCCAACGGCCACAUGACCACCGACAGCGUCAGCCACGGCUUCAUGAAGCGCGUCGCCGACAAGUGCGGCGCCACCCUCCAGGUCUUCCAGAUCCGCAACGACUCCCGCAGCGGCGGCACCAUCGGCCCCAUGACCAGCGCCCGCAUCGGCAUGCGCGCCAUCGACAUGGGCAUCCCCCAGCUCAGCAUGCACAGCAUCCGCGCCACCACAGGCAGUCUGGAUCCCGGUCUGGGCGUCAAGCUGUUCAAGGGCUUCUUUGAUCACUUCGAGGAGGUGGACGCGGAGUUUGCGGCCUUCUAGAUCGGAUGGACCCGACGUCCAAAGAAAUAUUCGGCUCGGGAUGUAUGAGGUUGGUCCGGUAGGGGGUAGAACCUGGUACGCUUUUGUC